GUACCGAACCCGCGGCGAGAAGUAAACAACAUCCGAGGGAAGUAUGUGUGUAUAAGUUGUCGGUGCUUUUAUUGAGAAUGAAGAGAAGACGAGGCACUUAUGUAGCAUGUUAAGAGUGUAGCCAACAGUAAGUGAAGUGAUACCAAGGCUGUGGCCACCGGUGAGGACAAACACAGCACAGGAGACCACCGCGAGCCACAACAAGUAGUGUCUGUGGUGAUGCUGAGCCAAUGCUGAUGACGAGGCUGCACAUCUGACGAACUACAAAUCAUCCCUGACCUAACAAGAUGAGCAACAUUUACAUCCAGGAACCAGCCUCCCAGGGCAAGGUGCUUCUGGUCACUACUGCUGGGGACUUUGAUGUGGAGCUGUGGUCUCGAGAAGCUCCCAAGGCAUGCCGCAAUUUUGUACAGCUGUGCCUUGAGGGUUACUACGAUGGCACUAUCUUCCACCGUGUUGUGCCGGGGUUUAUCGUGCAAGGAGGAGAUCCAACAGGCACUGGCACUGGUGGGGAGUCAAUAUAUGGCAAGCCCUUUAAGGAUGAGUUCCACACAAGGCUGCGGUUUGUGCGCCGUGGAUUGGUGGCUAUGGCAAACGCUGGCCCCAAUGACAACGCCUCACAGUUUUUCUUCACGUUGGGCCAGACACCAGAGCUGCAGAACAAGAACACGAUAUUUGGCAAGAUCACCGGCAACACUCUGUACAACCUGCCUCGCUUUGAGGAGGGCAUCAUUGGCAAGGAUGACAGGCCAGAAUACCCUCACAAGAUCAUCAAGACAGAGGUGCUCAACAAUCCCUUCCCUGACAUUGUGCCGAGGCUCAAGAUUGAGAAUGAGGUGAUGGACGACCGCAAGCACAAGAAGAAGGACAAGGGGACUAAAAACUUCAAGCUUUUGUCAUUUGGUGAUGAGGCUGAGGAGGAGGAAGAGGAGGUCUUGGCAGCCACCAAGAACUUCUCCACCAAAGGAAACUCUGCCCAUGACAUUGCCAUGGACCCGACGCUCUCAGCCAGCACCGGGAAAGCUCUCAACAAUGGCACAGAGGCUCUGGACAGAAUAAAGAAAAAGUUACGUCGAGAGGAUUCCCCCGAGGCAGAGAAAAGCAAGGCAGUGGAGGCUGUGAUGGCGAGAGAUGACUCACCGGAGAGGAAGGAGGAGGAGGUGGCAGAGAAGGCCAAAGAAUCUGUGUAUAGAACAGUAUUAGAGGAAGAGAAAAGAAUAAAGGAGGAAAAAAUGGCAGAGAUGAAGGCGGAAAUUAGGCAGCUUAAGCAGGACCUGACGGGGAAGAAGCCAAGAGAGAAAGUAGAGGUGAAGGAGGAGGUGGAGGAGGACGACAAGGACAGCGUAACGGUCAAGGAAUUUAAGAAGGAGCGACAAAAGUAUGAGGAGGCAAGGAAGCAUCUGCCCAAUAAAGGUUCAUCCAGGGAGAGCCAAACACUUGCCCUGCUGCAGAGGUUCACAGCCAAGAUGAACCAGGCUGUGUACAAUGAGCCAAAUCCUGAGAAGGAGGAGGGUGAGGAGGACAAAGAAGAAGGAGAAGAGUCAGAGGAGGAGGAAAGUGCUGGCUGGAUGACACACAAAUUCUUCUUUGGUACAACGGACGUAGUGUUAGCAAAGGACGCUAGCACCAAGGACGAUCACUGGUAUGAUGUGAGCGACCCAAGGAAUGCCAUGAACAAGCGGCGGAGAGAGGACAGUGCCAGAUCAUCCAAGAGGCACCACAAAUGAGAGCAGGAGGAGAGUAGUGGCUGGAAUGCUUGUGCUGAGUGUCCCUGAGUGUCAAGUGCUGUUUUCAUCUUUGUAUCAGUGCCAGAAAGGAUGUGAGUGGAACAGAAGAGAUUUAAAGGAUGGAAUAACAGUUUUUGGUGACAAAGUGUUGUAAAUGGAAAUGAAGGCAAACUGAAUGGUUCAAUGCCAUUUUCACCUAUGUACCAGUACCAGAGAUAGUGUGAGUGGUGCAGAAGGGAGAGUUAAAAGAGGAAAUGGCAGGUUUUUGGUGACUUGAGAUGUUGUAAAUGGAAUAAAGGAAAGAAAGCAAAGUAAGAAUGGUACUGUUUUUUGGUGGCUUAGAGUGGCUGUGAGUAGGACAGAAGCGAUGAAUUAAAUGCAUGUCACUGUUCUUGGUGACGUUAGCUGGUGUGAGUGUGAUAAAAGGAAGGAAUGAAAGACAGAAUGCUGCUUUUAAUAAUGACUGAGUUGGUGUGAGUGGGAUGAAAAAAAGGAAAUGAAGGAGAAUGUUACUUUUGAUGGUGAGAAGAUACUAUAAGUGAUAAGAUAGAAGAACAAGGGACUUAACUGUUACUUUCAAUGGUGACAAGAUGCUAUAUGUGGGAUAAAAGGAAAAAAUUAAUGGAGGAAUACUACUCUUAAUGGUGACAAGAUACUGUUACUGAGAUAAAAAUUAAGAAUUAAAGGAGGAAUACUUCUUUUAAUGGUGACAAGAUGCUGAGUGGGGAUAAAAUGAAGGAAUUAAUAGAGUGAAUGUUAUUUCUAAGUGAUAAGAUACUAUGAGUGAGAUAAAGGGAAGAGAGAGAAACCUGCUUUUUUAUGUAAGAGGGGAAAUUUGGUGAAGGGCAACAAUAGUUAUUGAACAAAAAGGUCCACUUAGAUGCCAGUCCUAGAGCAGGUCUGAGAGAGUUAGCCAAAAGAAUGGAAUAAAUGUAUUGAAGCCUCCCUCUUAAAUGAGUGCAGGUCAUAGGAAGAUGGAAAUACAGAAGCAGGUAGAGGGUUCCAGAGUUUACUAGAGGAAGAGAUGAAGGAUUGAGAGUACAUUACUGAUUAACUCCUGCAUUAAAGAGGUGGACAGAAUAAGGGUGAGAGAAAGAAGAGUUUUGUGUAGUGAGGCCACAGGAGUAGGGGAGGCAUGUUUACUUUAGCAUCUACAUCCCUGGUGGUCAUAGGAAGCUCAAGCAAUAAUAAGGUGGACUAAACACUUUUAGGCAGGGUUUUUUUUAAGUAUUUUCACUCUUAGUUAGAAAUGACGAUGCAGUGUGAUGUGUGAUGUUGCUGGUAGUUGCAAUUCACACAUUAACCUCCAGGCUAUCAGUGCUGUGAAGAGAUAUUGUCUGGACACUGCAUGAAAGAAGUUUUUUUAUCCUACCUGUCCAUCUGUCUGUUUGUCUUACUACCUGUCCAUCUUUCUGUUUGUCUGCAUAUCUAUCUAUCACUGUCUUUGUUUAUCUAUUUGUUUAUCCUGCUACCUGUCAAUCUAUCUGUCUGUCUGUCUGUCUGUCUGUCUGUCUGUUUAUCUUACUACCUGUCCAUCUGUCUGUUUCUUUCUACUUAUCUAUCUAUCACUGUCUUUAUUUUGUUUAUUUUGUCCAUUUGUUUUUCCUACUGUUUGUCAGUCUUCGUGUCUGUUUGUUUAUAUAUCUGUGUAUCCUCGUCAUCAUCUGUAUGUCUAUUUGCUUAUUUAUCUAUUUGUUUGUCCUACUACUUGUCCAUCUGUCUAUUUGUUUAUUUGUUUAUCCUAUUACAUGUCAAUAUGUCUGUUUAUUCAUCUAUUUAUCUCUCUCUUUACCUUGGUACUUGUCAAUCUGUUUCUCUCUUUUGUUUAUUCAUUUAUCUGUUUAUCUCACUACCUGUUUUUAUGUUUUUGUCUAUUCAUAUGUUCAUCUAUUUUCUUAUCCAUCUGUCAAUGUUUUUUUUAUACAUCUUUCCAUCCUCCUAUCUAUCUACAUAUCCAUUCAUCUGUCUUUCCAUCCAGCUAUCAGUCUUUCUCUACCUGACCUCUAAGUCCAAGAAAAGUGUGUAUUUCUCUCCUUGCAUUCCUUUCUGUAAAUUCUCUUCUUUCCCACCUCCCUCUCUUUCAGUUUUUAACAUGCAGUAUUGCUUUUAUUAUAAUUCAUAUAUUUUUAUGUAAGAAGGAGGCUGGUAAAGGGCUUAAACAAUGGGAGAAAGACUUAUUGUGUUGCCAGUUCUGAAAUAAGGAAAGAACUGUCCUGUGAUCUAGUAAGAUUCUCACUGAUCCUACCAGAUGAAGCUUGGUAGAGAUCAUGAAAACACCAGUACGAUUAUGUAGCAGUCACCUUUGAAAUAUUAGUGCCCCCACCUUAAAAACAUCACUGAGACCCUGAAAUCUUGUGUAAGUAAAGGAAAACUGCACGAAUGUGGUUUUAUUUCAUUUAUCUAUUAAAUAAAGAAAAAAAAGGAGUGACACUUGCUAAAUUGCCUCAUCAUCACCUUUGUUAUUCAAGUUGGCAGCAAUCUUUGUAAAAUUGAUAUGGAUACUGAAAUCAGGUUAAGGGGAGAUGACUGUAUAAAUGCCAGAAACUAUAACCUCAAAGACCAAUAGUGCAGUUGUUCCAUACCUUUUGAACCUCUCACUGUGAUACUUAACAAUUCACAAGCUAGAAAUUAUCUAUUCAUUUAUAUACCAGCCCAAACAAAGUACCAUACUCAUACACACACAUCAGAACUUAUCCUUGUCAUGUAAUAGUGGAAAGGAAUAGUCCCAUGGCUUGCUGUGGCCUAUCAAAAUGCAUGAAAUUUCAGUGCCAGAUGAAAGAAAAUGGUAUACAAGUUUUCCAGUGUUUAGAUAUGUCCUUCAGUUGUUUUGUAAUGAGAAAAAGAUGUCAGUAGCACUUAAAAAGUUAAAACAAUGACAUCCUCACACCAUAUGAAAAAAGGAGUAGAUACAUAGGUUUUCCAAGUCUAGAUAUGGUUGCUAGAAAAAGGAAAAUAUGUCACUGGUUCGUAAUGAAAAAAAAAAAAAAAAACUGUGUCUGUAGCAAUAAAAAGGUUGAAACUGACAUUCUCACAAAAAAAAAUAUCUAGUUUUUUCCAAGUCUAGAUAUAGCUGCUAGAAAAAAAAAAAACACUCAGUAGUUUAUAAUCAAAGAAAGAUGUAUCAGUAACAGUUGUAAGGUUAAAACAAUGACAUUCUUCUCUUAUACAUGACUCAAACAUCUUCAGGAGAGGAACAAUCAACACAUCUCAAAUUAAACUACUACAUUGAAUAACUAAA